CGCUGGCUCGAGCGGCAGCGGAUCAGCGGAGUGAGUGAGUCUGACAGCCCGACAUGCUGUGGUAAUCCUCAGCCUCGUAAACAAGUCGAGAGCCAGCGGAGGAGCGGAGGGUCCGGGCCGAGGAUUCUGCAGAUUGUCGACUUUGAUGCUGAUCCUUGAUGGGCGAAUCAGGGCCACGCCGCUCUACCCUGGUCUCCAGGUUACCCAUCUUCAGGCGGAGUGUGAGCAAGAGGCAAGAAUCUCUUCCAUCCUCUCCAUCCUCUGGAGGUGUGGGCAAUGGCGUCCACACCUCUUCCCCCUCCAGCACCAACUCAAGCUCCAGCAGCACGGGCAAGCGCCGCAGCCUGUUCCGGACGCCCUCCAUUAGCUUCCACAGCAAGAGGAGCAGCGAGACGCGCAUUGACCCCGGCCACCUCAAUCUGGAUGACCGCAGUCAAACGUCUGAGCUCGGCUUCAAUGAAAGCUGCAACUCUAAGGCGCGACAUUCCUUUGGUUUUGGAGGGCACAAGAAGAAAAUCAGCCGCUCCCAGACAGAGGACUUUGAGAAAGCCUCCACCAACCGCAAUGUGUUCAUCAACUGCAUCAGCUCAGGGACUAAUGAGGGGGAUGAUUCAGGUUUCCUAGAUGAAACCAGCAGCAAGAGAUCCUCCAGGCACAAGAAGCAGCUGCUGCCCAAGUCCUUUUCAGCUCACCAUCGAUUUUCCAAGAAUUCCCACAGUGCAAUAGAACAAGGUAAAAGCCAAGAUGCUGCAGUAGAGCCCCCGAAGACAGGUACCCCUGGUUCCUGGCCUGGAGAACUCGGGGAGAGCUCUCUACAGUCACCCAUGAUCUCUGAGGAUCGCACAACUGCCAUCACGCCGUCAGACUUCGUCCAUGUCACUGAGGACUCUGUCUCAGAAGUGGACGCGCUGCCUGCACCUAGUCCAGCUGCUCCGAGUCCAGGUGCACCACCUGAAAAUUUUAGCCAGGUUGUGUCUACCUCACACAUUUGUUUGAGCCCACCUGAGCCUGCUCCGGAGAAGCCUGUACUGCCAGAUACUAGCCAAGCAGCCAACACGCAGUGUGAGAGCACCACAGUUCACACAACACCAGCAACAUUGAAGGCUGUGGAGAAUCUCCAGCCUGAUCCAUCAGAAGCCAGCGAAAGUGAGCCAGCACCGGAUCUGAGCGAGGAGAGCAGCUCCAACCCAGAGCCCAGAGAGAGGAGACCUCGAAACACAGUCCUCAUCCAACAACUGGGAAAAUCAGCAGGCCUAGCCAAACUGGAGAGCAGGCCAAGCCACCUGAGGAAACCCCACACAGUGUCCAUGUGCAGUAGUGGCAGCCCAUACCAUGAGGUGAAGCGAAUGGAGAGGCGGCUCCGCUCGGCCUCGGAGGGUGCUGGAGGACCCAGGCUUCACCUCAACCUCAGAGAGCCUCACUGCAUGGAGGCCAGUACCCUGGCCAAACAGAGAACCAACUCCUCGUCCUCCAAGCUGGGCAGCAUGGAUGUUUUGAACAAUCUCGGCUCCUCAGAGCUGGACGAGGAUGAUCUGAUGCUGGACUUGGAGCUUUCAGACGACCAGAGACACCGGCAUGCUUCUCAGGAAGACUCCAGCCAAUCUCUCACCUCCUGCCUGAACCUGCUGCCUUCCCCCAUGGAGCCCACCAUGGACCAGACCCCUGCCAAGGAGACCCGAGAACACAACAGGGAGCCACGGCCAGUAUCUCUUUGUUUGUCCCGGGAUGACGAGCCACUGGCAGGACUGGAGGCACUUCCUUUCAGGCUAAUGCAGCAGGACUGCACGGCGGUGAAAACUCUGCUGCUACGACUGCGCAGGAUCUUGCAGGAGAGCACCGAGACCAGUCCGGCCAGCAGCCUUCAUUCUCUACCCAUAAGCCCCUGCAGUGAAAAGUCACUCCCUCUCAAGGAUCCUACGAGAGAGGAGAGCCAUUCCUUCCAGCAGCAGCUGAAAGAGAAGGAUGAGCUGAUCUUGCGACUGCAGGCUGAGCUGGAAGCUGUCCGUGCUGCACAGAGACCCCUUUGCCAAAAAGCUGACAAAACAACCCAGACAGAUCUUGCAGUCUCAGAGGCCAUUCAUCCAAGUCGAGCCACAAGCCAAAACAGCAACAGCAACAGCAGCAGCCUCACAAGGGAUCGAAGGCAGGCGCGACCGUCCCCCGUCGAGCAGUCUAGAAGUACUCCAACAGGACCAGAGGAGCGCGUGGGCCCUAACGGAGCCUGGAGCCACGACGGAGGAGUGGGAGUGCGGGAGGUGGUACCGGGACAGAGGAGAGUAGAGUCAUCUGAGGUGACCGCAGCACGUAAGAUAGAACAUCUAGGGCCAUCUCAGAUCCCUCGUGCUGUGGCUGGCAGCAGUUCCAGCCUGCCCAGCAGAGCCAGCCCCUCACGCAGCCUGUCCUCAGACAGUGAGAGGGGUGUAGGGCCAAGAAGUGAGAGAGGACCGCCGACCCGACCUCACUCUUCCUUUACUGGACGCCUCGGCCAGCCGCCCCGUGGUCCCCUGUCCCUGCACAUGUAUAGCCGCAAGAACGUUUUCCUCCAGCACUCCCUUCACACGGCUGAGCUGCAGGCUCUCGCCCAGCAGGAUGCCUGAAAACACAUUCAUGAGUCUAGUUCACACUCAUUCAACGAGAUGAGAUGGAUUUAUAAAGCAAUUUGAUCAGUGUACGUUGUGACUUCAUCAAUUAAAUACAAUCUUUAAGUAAUAUUUUCCUUCUCAGUGAAAAAACAAAGGCUUUCCAAAGGCUACCUGGUUCCUGAUUAUUUAUAUACUUUUCUAACCCACUAUCAGAUCAGUUCUUCCCUUGACCAAUCAACAUGCAUCAGGCUUACAAAGCUUUAAAAGAGUUUUGGACAGGGCAGAGAAGAGCUCCUUCUCCAGUUAUUUGAAAAUCAUCCAUCAUUUUAUGACUGUAGAGCUAAAAUCCGUGAAACCCAGUGAUCUCUCAAUGUCCAGUUUUCAUUUAUUCUUUUGUUCUUUGUAAAAUGACCAACAAGGCAUAGAGCGAGACAUGCUUGUAUGGUCCAUGACCAAGCCAAGUCAUAAAAAGGUGUCAAACAACAAUGUUAAGACAAUCCAAAAAGCUACAAAACAACCAUAAUGCUUACAUUUAAAGUCCUUUAAGGUGUAAGUAUUAAGUUGGUAAAUGUGAGGUACAAACUUUAUAGUCUUAGAUAAUUUUUUUUAGGUAACACUGGUAAAUUCCAAACAGUUUUACUUAAUUACUCUGAAAUGUCCAAUAGGUUGUAGCUGUUAACUAGGUAAUUGAGUACAAACUCUAAAAUACCGUUUAAGUAUUUUGAGUAAAAAAAAAAAAAAAGACCCAUUUUAAUUAGACUGAAAUGACUAAAAGGUUCUAGCUGUUAAUCAGAGGGUAAAAUAUCUCAUGAACAGAGAAAUUACUUGAAAUAAGUAAGUACAAAAAUGUACAGAAUUGAACUGUAAUGCCACAUGUUUAGGCAGGAAAGUAAAUGUUAAGGACCUAGUAAGAAUCAUUAAUUUCAUUUACAACAUAGAUUCAGUUUUAUUUCUAGGUAAUAAACAGAUACUUAUCAUACUUGGUGCAAACCUUUUUCACCCUGGACUUGAGUUGUUUCCGUUGCACUUUCCUGCUUGCAUGUGUCAUUACAUUGAUAUUUAGAGGGGCCUUAUUCAUGCACCUUGCUACUCCAAAUAUAAUAUAUUUUACUUGGUCAUUUACCUGCUUAAUAGCUAGAAGCUAUUAGGCCUUAAGAUGUAACACAGCAUAGUAAGCCACAACACAAAGUGCUAAAGUGGUGGCAUUCUUUAGAAUUGCUGUCUGCAAUGUCUAAAACUCCAUCAUCGUCUUGUUGGCUGAGUGUGAAAUGAGCAAUACACACACACACACACACACACACACACAAACAUACUCCUACUCAAAGAACUUCUGCACUUAUCAUUCCAUCUGCCUCCCUAUGGAGGUACUUUACACAGCUAUUUGACCUGUACACUUUUUCAGACUCUCUCAUUUUUUUUUUUUUCUUCUCAAACCUCAAUUUGGGUUUUUGCAGCCAGUUUCACCAACAGCGCAGCAUGAAGCUCUGUUGGCCCUUUUGGACCUACACAGGUAGACCUCAUUAGCAGCUGUGUGUCAAGGCCAAUACUGCUCAGUGUAAAGAUGCGGAAGCCAGUUCACACUGACCCUGCAAUCGCUGCUGAAAAACUGACCUGGAAGAAAUCAUCUAGCAAUGUGACCAUUUAGCUCAAAUUUGUAUCUGUUGAACUGUUUUUCUUUUUGUUGUUGUUGUUGUUGUUGUUGUUGUUGUUGUUGUUGUUUUUGUUGUUGUGGGUACUACAGUAUGUCUAUAUGCGUCUACUUUAGCUUAAGCAUUCCCAGUCAUUUCAAGCGGUGCUCACGGUAAACAAAUGAACAGCAUGUGUUCUUGAGAACAAACCUCACCUUCUGAAAUGAACAGGGAUGCCAAGAGCCAAAAGCUAUGACUGAUAAAACUGAAUGACGUGUCUUAUAUCCAUGUCUGAACUCAAUCAUCGCGGAGGUACGUUUAUAAAUCACCCUCAGCAGUACCCACCAGCACAUUUUUUGCACCAACAAACAUGACACUGCAGGCCCACGCACAUGUUGCCAAAUCAAAAUCCUCUCUCAAAGUGAGGGGUUUUAAAGCUCUUGCUGCUAGCUGGGAAUUAUGUGUGUGCUCUCAGACCCCUCUUAGGGAAUUUAACACUUAUUAACCUUUAUUAACCGCAUGCUACUCUCUCUCUUUUUUAAUACUGCAAACAGAAAUCGAAGCCGAACCUUUUUGUAUAGUGACUGUGGGUAAAAAUAGCUUUUACAGUGUUUUAAUAGAAAGCAGUGGCAAGAAAAGAGCCUCAAGUGAUCACCACUGCCUGUCUAUAAAUGGACACCAGGUGAGUCAGUUUUACCAACAACUCUAUGAGAGGACAGCACUGCUCUUCUAGAAAGAAACAGUUGUCUUCUGAUAGAGGAAUAAACUGAUCUUAUAUGAGGUAAAGCACACCAUACUUCAGUUGAAAAGUGACAAAGAGCUACAUUUUAAGCCCUUAAAGUCUAGCCAAGUGGUUCUUAUUCCAGUCCUCAGGACCCCUCAUACAAAAAAUGUUAAGGACCUGGUUAGGACCUGGUUGGGAACCACUAGUCUAAACAUUUUCCUCAGUUAUUAAUCUCAUUAAAUUACUUAGUAACUACUCAAAGUAAUACAAUACUGUGCACUUGUCUGAGACCACCCCCAUUUAUUUAAUUUCCCCAGAGCCCAGACCUUAACAUUAUAGAAUGUGUUUGGGAUUACUUGGACUGUGAGAAGCAGAGAAUGCAACAAGCUUCUAACUGAACUUGGUGUGAAAAAUAUCCCUAUGGAUUUCUUUGAAAAAGCAAGUGUGAUAAAGUAUGAAAGCUGUAAUAAAGGUAAAGCUUGGAUACACUAAAUACAGAAGGAAAUGUUAUGUUAGGGCUCUGUGCAAGUUUCUGUUAAAUAUAUGUUUUCUGCUUUUUAUACAUGACGCACAUCAAGGACCUGCUUGCAAUUUACUAACUCGUUUAGUAUGCUGGCACUAUCAGCACUUCAGUAGUUUUUGGUGUUUCAUAAGAGCGGUGCUUCGCAUCACUGACACUGUGUGAAUAACUUUUACUUAAUGACUUUUUGACUGGAAGUUAAAUAACUGAAGGGUGACCUCUCUCUGCUUUUGCACGAUAUUCUGUAUAAGGUACAUAGGUAUGUAAGGAAUUGAAGUCAGGAUCUGCUGACGGGUUCUUAGAGUUUAAGGGGUUAAAAUCUUUGUUUAAAAAAAUGAAAUCAAACUACAUAAAUGUAAUUUAUUAGCAGAUGUUGAUGAUGAAUUUAAAACUGCCAUAGACUGUCUCUUAAGGAAUUCUGUGCACUCUGUAUGGAAGUGGUCUCAGGGAGGCAUGGCAUACCACCCCCCCCCCCCCCCCCCCCCCCCUCCUGGAAUGGACAGUUUUGGCCAUUUUUUGUGGAUCGGAAGGAUGAGCAAGGACAGUUGGAGGGGAAGGAAACCCUGAAGAAAUGCGGUCCCAUCCAUCCGGCAGGUCUGCUCCCCGAGGUCCACUGCUCCACUUACAGCAAUCUGCUGGGAGCGCCAGCGCUCUCUUUGCUCUCUCUUUCUCUCAGCCCUAGUUCUACCACUCUGCCUGAUCGGACUCAGCAAGGGAAAGAAAAGAGGAGAGACGGUUUGGCGUGGUCUCAUCAUCACCACACUGCGAUAUCAAUAUCAUCCCUCUGUGAAACUAGACUGUGUGUCUUAUGUGAUUUAAGAAUGACCUUGUAAGAACAGAGACUGCGUAGUCGUCCAGCCAGCCUAUGAAGCAGCACUUCCCCCAGCCAUUGCUUUCAGCAAUACUGUGUGAAUUUGACAUGGACUCGAAUGGCUGACUGUGGGUAGCUGAAUGCAUGUUUGAGAAUUGCAUUGUACUCAGUCAUUCUCUUUUGUGCCAUCAUUGGUAUAUACCUUUACCUCAGGGUAAAAGCUGUGAUGGUGCAAGAACGGGUUACUGUGUGUUCAGAUGGGGGGGAAAGUUUGGGGAAGACUAAAUGGUGCAAAUGGAGCUCCUGGUCCUGUAAAUGUUGAUAGAACAUUGCUCAUUCUUUUUUGCAAGAACGUAUGUGCAAACAUAUGUCUGAACUGACUCACUUUACGUUCACUAGGCUAGCUAUUUAUUACGCGCCUUAUUUAUUAUCUGUGUUAUUGUGAGAUUAUCACUCCAAGGUCUUAUUUUGUAUCUGAGUCUUUGAAAACCAGUGUCCUCAUAAAGGAUGCGCGUGAUGUAUCGGAAUGGUUAUGUACAUCUUGAAGAACUGACUGUAAAUUAUGUAUUUUCCAAAUUGUACAGGGUCCACAUAAUAUUGGCACUUUGAAGAAGUGAUUUUAAACCAUGAUCAAAUGCUGAGAAUUUAAUAGGAUAUGUUCCUGUACGUUUUGGCUAAAUGGUUUUCACAAAUAACGGUAUGAUUUUCACUGAAUGUAAUAUAUUUACUCCCAUUAAAGAUAAGUAAAGACACUUCAGCAGUGUCCACUUC